AUGUUUGAACUGCCAGACGCAAAGCGAAUCCGGCGCGACGAGAUAGUCUCUCCAUCUUCGUCAACCCGUAGUUCGCCAGAGAUUAUACCAUCCAAUAAUGAAGAAGCGCAUGCCAGACUUGGUCAAUUAUUAGCCUUUGAUAUUUCUACACCAACUUCCAAGACGAUUGAAACGAAUGAUACCCAACAAAAAGUCAACAAAGAUGGAAACGACGACGACGAAGAAGAAGAAUUCGAAUUUCGUCUAUUCAGUGCACCAAAACCAACUACCGCCAACAGCACAGCACAACCAGACUCUGACAAGAAAGAAGGAAGAGAUGAAAUUAAAACUCAAAAACUCAAAAUACGACUCCGAUCACCGACACCCGUCGACAUACAACCUGGUGAUGGCCGUUUCAUAGUCCCCUUUCGAGGGUGGAGGUAUUACUUCACAAAGCCGGGGUUAAUGGCUAUAUCCGCACGGAACGAAGAAGAGAAAAUUCAAAUAGAGACGGAAGAAUUAACGAGACGGAAGGAAUACGAAGAUAUCGCGAUAACAGGGGAUGAGGUGCUCGAUUGGGCGAAGAAUAUGCGGACACCGGGAUGCCAUUUACCCUGGCGCGUAUUCCGGCUUGAUCGGAAAUACCAUCGGGUGCCUAAAUCAUUACUUCGUGAAACUUAUAACAAGAUGACGAAAACGCCGACGGGAGUGGAGAAGAAAAAAUCGAAACCAGGAAAGAAAAGGCGUAUCAUUCUACGGACUCGUGCCGCGGCCUUGGCUGCAGAAAAGGCAAAGGCUGCGGAGACGGCGAACAUGACUGAGGCCGAAAAGAGGAAUAAGAAGAAUCGAGAGAGGAAGAUUAAGAGGCGGCAGAAGGAGAGAGAGAAGAAAGCUGCGUUGGCUGCUACGGCUACGACUGCUGAUGGUGUGGGAGCCGCGUCAAUGGAUGGCGAUUCGUCAGACUGA